AUGGAAUCAGACAAUUCUACAAAUUCUGAUGACUCUCAAUCAAAUAAUUCAAGCAGAUCUGCGUCGCCAGACAAUGUUAUUAGAGAGCAAUCUGUCAGUGGUUCGCCUUCAGCAUCCAGCCAUAACUCAGCCCCCAGUCAUAAUUCAGCCCCACAGAGCCCCGACAAUAACACGUCUGGGUCUCAAAGCAUUGAUAAUGGAAUACAAAGUCCAGAACAGGACAACGAUGAUGAUGAUGAUGAUGAUGAUCCUCAGUCACCUGAUAGUUCAUCAUCUAAAUCAAAAAGUCCUGUUGUCGAAGCUUGUAGCCCUGAUCAUCAACAAAAUGAUGAGCCACUAAGUCCGAGUUCAGAAUCUAGUUCAUCGAGUCGUGUUUCUUCUACAGCUGGUUCUCCAGACAGAAAUAGCCAUUCUCGACCGUCAUCCAAAGUUUCUUCAAGAAGCAAUGAAUCGGAUAAAGAAACCAAGGAGCCUCACGAUAAUUAUUUAUCGGAUGUUUCUGAUGAAGACUCAAUGGACAAUAUAAAUGAUGAUAAUGCUUCCCAAAAAAGUGCAAAAGAAUGGAAAAGUGAUAAUUGCACUCCUUCUCCUUCGAAAGAAAUUGUUAUUCCAGUUAACGGUCAUAAUAAUCUGGAUGUUAAGACUGAGCCUAAUGUAGUUAAUGAUCCUGAAGAACCUUUAGACUUUGAAGCUGAUGAUGGGGACGAUGGAGAAUGCGAUGAACCAAAACAAGUUAAAGACGAGACUGAGGUAGAAGAAGUAAUAGAACCUGAGGAACUUGAAGAGGGUGAAGUUUCUGAUGAAGGUGAACAUCGGCCAGAAGAAACAGAACCCAGGCCGAUAUGUCGAUUUUACUCGAGAGGACAAUGUACCUGGGGUGCAAGCUGUCGAUUUUUGCAUCCUGGCGUCGCGGACAAAGGCAAUUAUUCAAUGUUUGAAAUGGUACGCCCGAUACCACCACCUGGUGGCCUACCGUCAUUUUAUCCAAAUGAUUCUUAUCGAGCACAUGAAAGAACUUUGAUUCCUGGAGGUCCGAUUCCACCAAUGAAAAAAGAUGAUAUACCUCCUGUAGAAACUGCUUGGGAACGAGGAUUACGUCAAGCUAAAGAGAUACUUAAAAAGUCUAAUAAAAAAAAAGAAACUGAUAUUGACUUUGAAGAAAAAAAAAUGAACUUAACAUCAAAUCAAGAGGAAGUAGAAAAAGAAAAUGAUUACUAUGCACAGCGUCCAACUAGUCCAACUGCUUCACCUGCCCUAAGCCCUCCUAUUGAAAGAUUUAAACCUGAUUUAGAAGCUCGGCAUCAUAGGGGUCCACCUCCAGAUGCCUAUGUGGAUGAAUUUAUGCCACCACAAGUAGAUUUUUACCAUCAUCGACCAGAAUUUUGGCCUCCUCAUCAUGGUCGUCCUUUACCACCACAUUUUCCUCCUGGACAUCCAAUAGAUUUUCAUGCCCCUCCACGGAGAAAUCCAUAUUAUCCAUAUCCACACCCUGAACCUUAUUAUCAUCCAGGUUUAAAACCUCAUCAUCGAGGCUUGCCUCCUAAGUACCCUCCUAAUAGAGAAGUAAUUAUGCAGCGCUCUGAAAAAUCUUACAGCCCUCAACCUACUGGUCAUCGCAAUAGACGAGAUAGGUCAUCAAGUCGACCACGCAGAGGAGAUGAUUGGUCUGAUCCAUGGAUGAGAUCUAAAUCACCUGGAGGCCGAUCUAAACUUAGAGGAAGAAAGAAGUCUUAUUCUUCUCAUUCUUCAUUCUCGUCAUCAAGGUCUAGCAGCAGUUCAAGCAACUCAACUUAUACCUCACGUAGUCGUUCAAGAGGUAGAUCUAAUUCAAUUACAAAAAAUAGGAAGAAAGCACCUCCAUUGUCAUUUAAAACAUCCCCUGGCCGUAAAACAAAUAGAAAGCCAGAGAGAAAUCCUUCUCCAGAUGCAUUUGAUAAAAAACCAAUGAGUCGAUCAAUGAAUCCCCCAGUGCCAACUAAUAGAUGGUCUGUUUCCCCUACAAAUACACCAGCUUCUAUACAACCUGUACAAAGAGCAAGACAAAUGCCAAUGCCGCCUAGGUUUGCAGUAAAUAAACCAAGCGGAGUUAAGUCUCCAGCUACUACUCAUACCUCUUCAUCUUCGUCAAGCAGUGAAUCAGCCUCUGGAACAGGUUCUUCAGAGUCUUCUGAUUCAAGUGGUUCAGAAACUUCAUCCGAAGGAGGAAGUCCGAAACAAAAAAAAUUAGGAUUAUCUCCUAACAAAUUGCUUAAAAAAAAGAUGCAAAAAGCGCAAAUGAAACUAAAUAAGAAGAAAAUGGGAGCUCCAACUGUUCCUCCAGUUAAAAAAGAAAAAUUAGUUUCUCAAGGGAAAAAGAGAUCAUUGGAAUCUGAUAAUGAUGAUACUAAAAGUUCUUCUCCACCAAGAAAGAAAGGAGGAGCAGCACCGUCAAGACGAGAAGAGUUGUUGAAACAACUGAAGGCCGUAGAAGAUGCCAUCGCCCGGAAAAAGUCCAAAGUAGCAUUGUAA